AGGAAAAUAAAAGACAGAUUAGGCCAAUCCAUGAAAAAGAUAGAAAAUAUGCAGCAACACAUUGAUAGUUUGAUUAAGAAAUAUUCUCAAAUAAAUGAAGAUUCAAUGAUGCAGAAAAUAAAAGAUUUACCUGAACAACAGCAGAAAGUCGUAAAGACAAUUCUAAAAUAUGGCAAAUUGGACAAUAAACACGGAAUGCGAUACUCCAGGGAAUGGAUUUUGGAGUGCAUACUCCUCCGCAUUAAAAGUCGAAAGGCUUAUAUUCAUCUUAAAAACCAUCAGAUUUUACCACUGCCUGCUCUCACAACUUUGAGGAGGUAUAUGAAGAACAUGAAACCUCAAUACGGAUUCGAUCCUCAAGUGUUCUCGAUGUUAAAGAAGAAGAGUGCGUCUAUAAAAUCUGAAGAAAAAAGAGGAGUAUUAGUCAUUGACGAAAUGAAAAUAAGCAAAUCCGUGUCAUUCGACAGUGACAAUCUGUCUAUUUUGGGGUUCACAGAUUUACGUGAACAUACCCUCGAGCACCAAAAGAUGGAACAAGCUGACCAUGCCUUGGUAUUUUUAUACCAACCAUUUCAAGGUAAAUGGAUUCAAAACGUGGCAGCUUUCCUAAGCAAAGGUGCAGCAAAUGGCCAAGUUCUUUCUCACCUAGUAACUGAAUGUAUUAUUUUGCUUGAAGACGAUGGUUUUCAAGCAGAUGUCGUCACUACAGACGGUGCACAAUGGAAUCGCACCAUGUGGAAAAAUUUUGGUUUAAAGGAACUUGAUACAAGUUGUAUACAUGUUAGUUCCGUUGAUGAAGCAGCAGAUCAAGAACCAAACCAAACGCGUCGAUUUUGGUUUUGUUAUGAUUUCUCCCACUUAAUAAAAAAUUUCAUGCAUUUAUAA